CAAGUAGUCAAUGUGUAAUUCCUUGGCAAAGUCGGCCAUAAAAGACCGCGUUUAGCAAUAAUUAUUUGCCUCGACUAUUUUUCUAUCCAUUGCUUCUUGGCAACAUCCUCCCAGGCACCACCACGUAGCGAUGGCCCGUAGUUUCUACCUCACCAGUUUGAGGAUACUGUGGCCAUGCGGGAGAUUGACUCCCGCAUGCCUCAUCAUCAUUGACGCUUCCUACGCCCACCCAUCUUUCCAUUUUGUGCCCUCCAUCGGGGCCCAGGCAAGUGCGCUUCCGUCGACACCGUAUCCAUUAAAGACAAACAAACCAAUUCGUGAGAGGGAAUUCCAAUCCUCCGGGGGGUAUUGUGCGUUUUUUUGUGUAAACACCGUGAAAUCCAUCCAUGAAAAAGAAAACCGAGUGAUGCUGCUCCGCAGAGCCCUGGGGGGUUCUGCCCCGUCAUCCUCUCUAUGUCGUCGAAUCGAAAAAGCAAACCGCCCACCGCGUGGGAAUAUACAUAGGAAAGUGAAGGGGCUGGUCUGUUUAGGCCAAUGCCAAGUGAAUGUUGAGUGUCUGUAAGUUUGUACAAAGGACAGGGAUUAUAUGUGCAGAACGGGGGCGAAAGUAUGAGAACGUCAAUGCGA